AGCGAUUGACCAGUCAGCUGCUAGUCCUGCUACUAAAACCAAUUACAGGCGUUUGUUUUUGUUUUUGUUAUUUUGUUAUUUUGCUUAUUCGUGUUUGGAAUUCGAACUUCUGUCUUUUGUUCGCGUUUUGUGUUGCGCCAGCUUUUAUCGCUGCAGAAAAAAACAAAUCAGAGAAUUAAAUAAUUAAGUUAUAAUUAUAGGAAUACAAAAACAAAAUGACGCAACCGGUAAAGUUCUAUUUUGAUUUUUUGAAUCAGUCUAGCCGAUCCCUCUACAUACUUUUGGAGGCAUCAAAAAUUCCAUUCGAAGCGAUACCUAUUUCUAUGGUCAAAGGUGAACACUUAACGGGCGAGUUUCGAGACAAAGUCAAUCGGUUUCGCAAGCUGCCCGCAAUCACCGAUCAGGGAUAUCAACUGUCCGAGAGCGUGGCCAUCUUCCGUCAUCUAGCUCGCGAGAAGCUAGUGCCCGAGCACUGGUAUCCGCAUCGUUAUCUAGGUCGCAGCCGCAUCGAUGAGUAUCUUGCUUGGCAGCAGUCCAAUAUGGCAGUGGCCUGUACCGAUUAUUUCCAGCAAAAAUGGCUGGUGCCUUACCUGCAGAAAACACGACCUUCCGAUAGUGCGGUUAAUGUAGCUAGCAAGCAGCUGGAGCACACACUAAAUGACUUUGAGGAGCUGUUCCUGAAUUCUCGAAAAUUCAUGUUGGGCGAUAACAUAUCCUAUGCGGAUUUGAGUGCAAUCUGUGAAAUUGACCAGCCCAAGUGCAUUGGCUUCAAUGCCUUCAAAAAUCGAAACAAGCUGGCGCGCUGGUAUGAUAUGGUGCGCGAAGAGUUGGGACCCUAUUACAAAAAUGUCCACAAAGAGUUCGAGUCCAAGUUAAAACUGAACAAUGGACAGCAGCAGCUCGGCGAGGCGCACGCCCUAAAGCAAUGACCAAUUACCAGAUAUGUCUUGCAUUUAUUAUAUCUGUAUAUACCCUGUACACAUUGAAAAUGGUAUGAUGUUUUUGCGCAAACGUAUGUACCAGGCAGAAGGAAGCAUCUCCGUUCCCAUAAAGUAUUUAGUAUAGCCAUGUUUGUCUGUCUGCCUUUUUUGUCUGUUCCUAUGCAAAUUGGACCUCUGGUUUUCGGGCUUUCUCGAUUAAACUUUGCCUCGUUCCAUCAUUUUUAUAUGUUCAUAUGAGAAAAAUGUUCUGUUUUUUUAAAAUAUCCCAACCGAGCUGAUUAAAUUCGUGCUAACAUUUAAGCGUAGUUGUUCAUAUAGUUCCCAUAGGAAUAAUCAGGGGAAAUAGAGUUUUAGAUAGAAACAUAUCGUUCAUCUGCAAUAUGUAUACAAGGGUAAAUAUUUUUCGGCCUCCGGAAAUAAUUGUUUAUUUUUGUUUCUUUUGAUUACCUUAGUCAGAAAAUUAUUUAAUAAAAUGUUCACUAAAGACGCGGCUAACGCGUAAGUUAUUAUAUAUGUAAAUACUUAGAAAAUAAUGUUCAAAUACCAUAUAAUAUUCCGAAAAAAUUAACCUAAGAUGACCAAGUGUGUUUUCAUACUUUCUUACAAGUAAAGUUAAAGUAUAGAAUUCCAAAAUAUAUAGACACACUUUUACCACAAUUUAAGAGUUGGUCUUGGAACUGAAGCUAUAGAGUAUCAACCUGUUUGGGCUUUUUAUUCCACUGUAAUUAGAGCAUUGUCCAGUCGGUUGCACCCAACUGUAAUGUAGUACGUGUUGCAAUUUACCACAUAAAUUAAAUUGUUUUGUUUUUAUUUUUAUAGUUAUACUAAAAUACCUUAUAUAUUAUUGUACUAAAUGAGCCGCAUCUUAUAAGAUAUAUGUACUCAAAUUUAAAUUCAAAAUAAA